ACUGUCCCACAGACCCUCGGAAUCCGGCAAGAGCAAAGGGACUUCCCAUAAACGGAAGCGGAUCAACCCUUCCCUGUCCAAGCCGAAAAAAGGGUAUCCGGCCAAGCCCCCUGCAGGCGGGGACAGGGCCACCAAGACGGUGUCUUACAGGACUACCCCCAGUGGCUUGCAAAUAAUGCCCCUGAAAAAGGCGCAGAAUGGGAUGGAAAACGGGGACGCCGGCUCCGAGAAGGAAGAGAGGCAUUUUGGAAACGGGUCCCACCAGCCCGGCUUGGAUUUGAAUGACGUGGGUGAGCAGGACCUGGGCGACUGCCACGUGAGCCCCGCGGCGCUGGCGGAGAACGGACUCGGCUCUUCUCUGACCAACGGGGGACUAAACCUGCACAGCUCGGUGAAGAGGAAGCUGGAAGCGGAGAAGGACUACGUCUUUGACAAGAGGCUCAGGUACAGCGUCCGCCAGAACGAAAGCAACUGUCGCUUUCGGGACAUUGUUGUGCGGAAGGAAGAGGGCUUCACGCACAUCCUGCUGUCCAGCCAGACCUCGGACAACAACGCGCUGACCCCUGAGAUCAUGAAGGAGGUGCGGCGCGCGCUCUGCAACGCGGCCACGGACGACAGCAAACUGCUGCUGCUUAGCGCCGUGGGCAGCGUGUUCUGCAGUGGCCUGGAUUACUCCUACCUAAUUGGCCGGUUGUCCAGUGACCGGAGGAAGGAGAGCACCCGGAUUGCAGAGGCCAUCAGGGACUUUGUGAAGGCCUUUAUCCAGUUUAAGAAGCCCAUCGUGGUGGCGAUCAAUGGGCCCGCGCUAGGCCUGGGAGCCUCCAUCCUGCCCCUCUGCGACAUCGUGUGGGCCAGCGAGAAAGCCUGGUUUCAGACCCCCUACGCCACCAUCCGCCUCACGCCCGCCGGCUGUUCCUCCUAUACCUUCCCCCAGAUCCUGGGUGUCGCACUGGCCAACGAGAUGCUCUUCUGCGGGCGGAAGCUCACCGCCCAGGAGGCAUGCAGCAGAGGCCUGGUGUCACAGGUCUUCUGGCCAACCACGUUCAGCCAGGAGGUCAUGCUGCGGGUCAAGGAGAUGGCCUCCUGCAGCGCGGUGGUGCUGGAGGAGUCGAAAUGCCUCGUCCGGAGCUUCCUGAAGUCAGUGCUUGAAGAUGUGAACGAGAAAGAAUGCCUCAUGCUCAAACAGCUCUGGGGUUCCUCUAAAGGCCUGGAUUCCCUGUUCAGCUACCUGCAGGACAAAAUUUAUGAAGUCUGAGGGCCCAGUGCUCAAGGGCAGGGGCAGCCACGUUCAACGUCCCUAGAAGCAGUGUUAGGAUUCUCGUUGGAAUGGAAGAGGAUGUUUGGAAAUUCCUUUUGCUCAGUGCCCAUCUUUGUUCCCUGCUGAAAAAACCAGAAGUGUUUUAGGUUUGAACUAAAACAUAGCUUUGGAUCAUCAAAUCUAAACUUCUAAACACCUCAAGGAUCUCUGAUGAUGAGGUAGGAAUGUGAAACCAUCACUAAGAUGGAAUGCCUGGUGUUAACCUGUAGGUUUCGUGUAUAACAGGAGGUGUUUUACAAGACAGUCUGUGUUUCGGUUGUUUCCAUACAGCCAGUUCUAGAAGGAUGUUCCACAUAUUGGGCAAAACUCAGUUACAUCUGUUUGCUACAGGGUAGACCAAACCACUGAAUUUUUCACUUUCUGGUUAGUUGUUUUGAUAAUGUAUAGGUGAGAUCCAGGAAACUUCCAGCUGAUCGACCUGGGUUGGAAUUUGCCAGACCUGUUGUUGUGUCAGGGUUUAACCUCAUAGCUCUCUUGAGACAAGGCCCACUUUUUGUCUUCUACCCCAGGACCUUCUCUCCACCCAUAGGAUCCUUCCUCCCUUCUCUCUACUCUGCUUUGCCCCCUCCCCACCCAGGCGGUCACAUCCCAGAGCCUGGGCAGGUUCUUGGAGGAAUCAUGCUUGGUCUUGGUAGCCCCAUCCCAGAAUUACCUUUGGGGUUGGAAGAAGAGCUGUGGUGGGAAGAUGAGGGUACUUCUUUAGUCAAGCAGCCUUCUGGACAAUCCACUCCUUGCCAUCCUGUUAGCCAUGCAUUAGAACUCUCCUCUUCUCCAACCCCUGGCGAUUAGCAUCCAGCAUCUUGCAGUGGAACAUUUAUGUUAACAGCCUUGUUCCAGGAGGACUUUUUGGAGAACUCUGCUAAGAGGAUCAGAGUUCCUCACCAUUUGGAAGCCUCAGCCUAAGGUAGAUAUACCCAUAUGUCCCUCCCUGCUUUGAAAUAAUGUCUGUGGGUGAAAACCAUCAAAAGUGACCCUCUUGGAAUGAAAGUGGAUAACUCUGAGAAAAUAGUAGAGAAUUGAUUUUAAAUGUUAUUCUUGUUUGGUAUAAAGUAAACUAGGAGAUGUUCUCUCUGAAGCAUGAAAAUAUGUUUUUCCCAUAUGAAGUUUAGUAUGAGGAUGGAAAAAUGAUAAUCACAGUAGACUUCGAUCAGUGCAACUGGAUCUCCAGAUAUCCACAUUUAAAAGAUAGCCUUGAUUGGAUGCUGAAUUGCAUUUCCCAUUAUUAAUUGUUGGUUUAAAAAAUUUUGUAAACUUUUUUUAAUUUGAAAUUUUAGUCACAUUCAUGUAAUUUUCCAAUCUAGUUUUUGUGGAAAUUUUUUUAACAAAGAGAAACAGGUAGAAACAUCUUCAGAUCUUCCUAAGUGAAUAUUUAAAAUGCAGAAUUGCUUCUCUUCUGUGUUUCUGUAUUCAGAUACUUAGAUCUGUUGUAUAUAUUAGUUUAGACAUCCUCACUAAUAUACACAGUAUUUAAGACUCUAAAUGAGAUUUCUUAAGUAUUUUAUUUUAUUCUCUGUAAAUGGUUUUGUAUAAUCUUUAAAAAUCUACACUUUGCCUUUGUAGAUAUUUAAUGGAAACCAUUUGGGGGUUGUCUUGCAUGUAUAUUUUUGUUGUAGAUAAGUGUUGCUUAGUUAUUUCUGCAAAUUUUGGUUGAAAUGCUUACAGACUUUAAUACAAUAUAUAUUUUCAGAAUAUAAACUUUUAUAUUUCUGUGAUAAGUUAGGAUAUGCGUUUUAGGCAAUCUUUUCCAUUAAUAUCACUUGUUCUUUCAAAAAAAUAGCAUUCUGGUUUGGUGCCAAUGGUUUUUUGUUUUUUGUUUUCCAUUAGAAUCUAGUGUUCUUAAAUUGUAAGAGAGCCGGUUAAUUUUCCUUUUCUCAAAGUAAGUGAGUUUGAAGUAUAAUUUGAAAAUGUAUUGAAUUUGUGAAUAAGCCUUACCAUUAGGAUCAGUAGAUUUUCCAACCUUUGCAACUACAUAUGUAGUUGAAGAUCUCUCCAUAAAUUCUCACUGUGUGCCAGUUGAUGGAGUUUGUGAACAGAGCCUUAAGCUUGUUGCAAAAAAAAAAAAAAAAAGGUAAUACGGGUUGUUUCUUCCAAGUAGCGUAAGCCACGUGGAUGGACUCUGUGCAGUCUGUACGCCAUGGCUAAUCUGGAGAGUUUGGUUGAGUUGAUGGCGGCAGGGCCCAGAUAGACACCUUGGUGAUUGUCUUUGGCCACACGAAGGGACCACGGACAGGUGUUCUGGAGCCACCUUCAUGCUAGUCACAUGGUGUAGAUGUGGUCACAGGGAGGGCUACUGGUCCAUCAUUUGUUUUGAACCAAUGGCAUUUUCUGCUCCUGACCUUGGCGGUUGACUCCAGGCUCCUUGCAGGUGACCUGGAAAUGUCCAGUCUGGCUGUGGUCAGCACUCCUUGAGAGAUGUUAACAAAGUUUACAUGUGAGUCUUACUGUGUAGACAAUCUGAAGUCGCUUUCAGUUACAUAAUCCGCAUUCCCACAUGUCCUGAGUGUCUUAUCAGUGAAGUAGGUGCGUUAAGCCAUACUGAACCUGAGUUUAGCAGGGCACAGGCAAACUAGAUGCACAACGUACACAUCAGCUGAGCCAGUCUACCCGUGGCUGUUUGAAUGGCGUGUAAGUCAUGGAGCUCACUGGCAGUGUGUCCACUGUGUCUGGGAUCUGAUAAAAACCAACUAAACUUUGGAACUUAAAUUUCUUUUUUUUAAAAUUAUGAUUCUUUUCAGUUGGCCCUGCUUACCUACUGGUUCUCCUUACCAAGGCUUUAAAGAUGAUCUUGAGACCAGGGCCAUAGAAUAGCUAAAGUCAAGUUAUUUGGUUCAUCUCAAAUAAGUGUUCAUAAAGUCAACUUAUCUCCCAUUAGGAUGGAGAUUUGCUUCAAAUAUUUGCAGUGUGUGCGUCAAUCAGAGAAACUGACAUCUAGUUUUCAGCUUCAGCUCUGGCAUCUCUGUGGGUUGACCACGCCUCAUUGGCCCAACACCUGGCCUCACGCUGGUGCUCCUUAAGGCGACUCUGGGAAGUUUGGAGGGUGUGGAGUUUUCCAUCUAGUAUUUAAUGUGUCCCUGUGCCGUUCGUCCCAGCUUGAAGUCAUUUGCUGAUGUCCAUGCUGACAGGAUUGUGAAAAUAUUGCCUUUCAUAAAACCAAGGACCAAAGAAUUCCAUUAUUCCAGCAGAGUACGAGUUUCAUAGAUUGUGGGCACAUCUAGGCAGAGACGUACAUGCUUUAUGGCACAGAGAAUCUGCUCCCAUCCGCUGACCUCAUGCUCCCCCUGGCUGGCCCUACAGAAGGAUUUGUCGUCACCUUGAGAAGGCUCUGACAGAUGAGCUUCUCGGAUUGAAAUGCACUGUCUCAGGUUGGUGUUUCUGCUGUGUAGUCCCAGCCUUUAUCCAUACCGGUACCAUAAGGAGCGGGGGGCUGGCAUUCUUCAGGUUAUCUGAGCAGUGUGGACUGCUCCAUCUGAAUAGAAACCUCCAGCGUGAGUUCUUCAGAUGUGUCUACACUGAGCACUGAGAUCCUGCAGUUGCUAGAUUUCCACCUCGUUUUUGUUCUCCAUCAACCCAUUCCACUUCCUGUUUAGCCCGAGAAGAAUUUUCUUCACUUCUCACACUAGGUAAUGCUCCAUCUUCAUCCAUGAUGAAAUCGUUCAUCCAUUAACCGGUUGAGAAAUGAUUGAUACUGAAGAAGCGGGAUUCUAGUGGUAAGGCUUAUUACCAAGCCUCUGAUAAUUGAAGCAGGCUACCAAAAAAGUAUCCAGCCUACCCUGGGAGUGUUCCGAUUUGAUCAUGGAUAUAGCACACACACCAAAAUCCAAGGAGACCUUUGCAAAUUAGGCUACUCAUUUUCUUUCGCCAGGUUAUCAUGGGAGAGUCUUUAACUAGUUCUGAGUAUCUGUAAGUAUGAGUAAUUCAUAGACUGCUAAAGCAGGUACAGCUGCCCCUUUCUCACCAUGCUGUAAAUAUUCCCUGAGACUGGGUGCAGUACGGAGGGAUAAUAACCUUCUGAUUUAUCAAAUGCUGACCGUCUAGAGCAAAUUGUACACUCUCUUUGUGAAUGGUCCUGUAACGUGUAUGAACACAUUUCUGGGUGCCUUAGAAGUUGUAUUUUUCAUGUGUGCUAAUAUGCAGUAUUUAUACAUUGUGAGAAGCUGCUUUGAAUAAAAAGGUUGAAACUCC